UAUUAUAUAUUUUUUAAAGAUUAUUGUGUUAUAAUAAUUUUUUAAAGAGUAUCCCAGAUGUGCCGUGCAGGACUUUUAUCACUUUUAACGGUUGCGACUGUCGUGGUUAGACACGUGGAAUGUACGGCUCCAGCUCGAAUGAAGGCGCCAACAUUCGGCCUAAUCAAAUCAACAUCAGUUACUGUGAACUUUAAAUCAGUGACUUCGGCCGCAAGGUAUCACGUCACCGUGACACAAAAGUAUGAUUCGAGCUUCACGCAGUCAUUUACGACGACGAAUGAGACCACAUCAGUAAUCGUAAAUCUUAUACAAAGUACUUUAUACGAUGUCACCGUCAAAGCGGAAAAUUCACAAGGAGAAAUUGGUGAAAAUAGCCCAUCAUCAACUGUUCAAACAAUGCCAGGAGCCCCAACACUUAAAGCUGGCAACCCACUACCGACAGGUGUAUUCGUAUUUUUCAACACGCCUAAUUCUGCGAGAGUGUCACAGUGGAGGUUGCAGUAUAGGGAAAAGGGAACAGGAGAUACCGCUAUGUCGAAUGACGGCGGAUAUUAUGCUUUAUGGAUAUCAGGGCUCAAAGGCGACACAGAAUAUGAAAUUCGGGGAAGAGCUUUACAGAUUAAUGAAAAUACCACUUUAACUGGAAGCGAAGUUGAUUUUUCGGCAUGGCAAACUAUAAAAACUGAUACUCUGUCUGUGUUUGGUCGCGUCGAUUUGGUUGACUUAACAUACAGCAGUGCAUAUUCAACAGCCCAUAGCAACGAAUGGAACUCGACCUUAGCUGUUAUACAAAGUGCUUAUUCUUCUGUCAGUAGCGUCAAGUCGAUUAAUAUUAUCAGAAUCGAAGAUAACGGUGGAAAACCAGUGGCUUACUAUCAAUUAAGAGUCACAGAUAAAACUCUUCCAUCUGCAACAGAUUAUACAAUAAGUGGAUCGCAAUUCUCCAAUUCAAUUAUAAACAACGGAGAUGAAGCCGUUGGGACUCCUCUUAUAGGAUUUCAAAGCUAUAUAAGGCAAUACGAUGAAUACACUUUGGUAUAUUCUCCAAAUUCGUCGAAGGUUUGCGACAAACUGGUUGAUAGAUAUAUGUUGGUUGCACCGGAAAACCAGGACACGCUUGAAGUUGAUUUAAGUGUUUUUUUAUCCGAUGGAUCAACCGAAGCUGAUAUGGAUAGUCUGAUAAUAUCUGGCACAGAAUUACUCACAGAUGAUGGCGUUGUUCAACAAACCGUAUCACCCAACACCGUUCUCGGAUUAAAUCCAAAGUUUCUUGUGAAAGAUUGUCUCAGAAAUCAAGCUUCGGAUGAUAAUAAUUCUUCCUAUACCCAGUUUUUAUCAGCGAUGAAUAUUGUUCAACGAACAGAAUAUGUUGAAGCGUUUUUUUACACCACAAAUGCAAGUGCAAGCAUUUUAAACAUCUCUGACAUAACGGUUGCAUCAUCAUCAAAUGAGAGUAUAGCAACUAUCAGUAUCCCUGCAGUUGAUAAAGCAAUAAAGUACGAGCUUCUAAAUGCCAGUAAUGUUCUAAAUAGCGUACCAGAAAAGGAUAUUGAUGGUUCAGAGUAUAUCAAAGUAACUCAACAGUGGGAACAAACGUCUCAACCAUCUCUGAAAUUUGCAGUUCGAGUGAGUACUCGAAAACAGGAUGGAAGUACAGGCUCAGUUACAUCUGGUUAUGUAACAAUCUUAUCAGAUUCUUCAGAUCAAUCGAUUACCAAUACAACAUCACUGAUAACUAGUAAUUCAGAUGUAGACAGCCGUACUCCAGUAGAUCCUUCCGAAGAAAUGGUAACAAACUCCAACUCACAAAUCGCUACUACAUCUGGAGUAGCGAGCAGCACUCGCUUGCAUUCUUCUGAAGAAAUGGUAACAAACGCCAACUCACAAAUCUCUACUACAUCUGGAGUAGCGAGCAGCACUCGCCUGCAUUAUGCAGUUUGCUUUAUUGUUUCGACCAUAUCGCACAUAAUUUACCGAGCGAUUGGAUUUUUCUGAAGAGGAAAUCUAUACACUCGCUGGAUGUCAGACAAGUCAAUUUUUACAGCAUGUAGUUAACUACCAAUGAAAAUGCCGGGCAUAAGAACCGAACAUUACAUACUAUACUAUCUUCAAUCAAAACUUUGCUUCAAUCAUCUUAUUAUAUUGUUAAUAAUUUUGCUUUAUCGUGUUAUGCUAUUUUUAAGAUAAAACGGCUCCACUUUUCUUUUUAUACAUAUACAUACAAAACAUAAAUGUGAUAUUUUAAGUUUUAUGAAGUUAAGGUUCUUAGGACGUGGUCCACAAAUGUAAUAACUUGGACGUUCAAACUAACUAGUUUGAACAGCAAGCAAUUUUCGUUAGUUCCCAUAUAUUUUUAUUUUUCAAUGACCAUUCUUAUUGUAAUGGAAACGACAUUUUGUAACAUUUCUACAUUUUUUCUAUUUUAUAGUUGUGGUUUAAGCAAGUAUUAUAUUACAGUUCUUAUUUCCAUAUUAUUUUAAACAUGUUUAUUGGAUAGGCCAGAAAUUAGCAUUUUUACACUUCCAUCCUCCAAAUGCUGCUCAAAUUAAAAGUACGACUGUUUAACAUUCAUAAUUAUACUGUUUUUUGCAUUCACGUCGGAUAUGGAUGUCUGCUCUUCUACUGCUCCAAAUAUAUAUCAGCUGCUGCGAUCAUUAUCAUCACUGAGUGGAAACUAACUUCUUACCCUCCGAGUUGGAAAUAUUUUCACUACGAAAUGUAUUGCCUAUUGCUAAUUUUGAGAUGCAAAAUCUCAUUUUUUUUUACCAAAUUUCAAUCCGAAUCAUCGCUUUCUUUGUUUCAAAACAGUACAUGACUGUUUCAAUUUAAAAAAUUGAGAUAUGGCUUGAGGGCGAUAAGCAAUAAUUGAACUAACUUUUUUUAAUCCCUUGAAAAUUGCAUGUCACUUUAGAUCUUAACCAAUUAUAUUGCAGUUAAAAUAAAUGUUCAAAGUAAAAGUUUUUAUUUGUUUAGUCAAGGUUUUGUUUAUUGAACAUACUCGUAUACUACUGUCCAGAUAGAUAUUCAUUAAAUUAAUGUGGUUUACUAGGACUUUGUUGAAAAUUUGCACUUUUGCCCUUCUAAGAGUAAUACUCACAAGUCGUUGAACUGGGCCCCAGAAAUAGUUGCACUUGAAAACAUUCGAAUUAUUCAUACAGUACAAACUACAAACCAUACAAAAAUGAGAUAUUUAUAGUUCACGUUUCAAUAGUCAAACUACAAUGCUUAUCAAUAGGCACUAGCGCCGUCACGCAUCUACAUUUUGCUAUCAACAAGAUUCUAAAUACAGAUAGAUUUUCUUUGGACUUCCAAUGGGCGAGUGUUGGUGAAAAAACAGGGAUACCAAUACCCUAUCGAUAUCUGAUGAAGAAGAUCUGCAAAAAAUCAGAUAAGUUGAAUAACUAUAAUAUCCAUUGUAAUUUUCUACGAUGGCUAUUUAAACCUAACUCUUUAUUGUUGUUGUU